GUGUUUCCUGUUUGGUCCCUGUGUUUUGCAGCACCUUUACUUUCUGUUCCAUGUCCUGUCGGCACACCUGUUCCUUGUUUAAUUAGUUGUCUUUAGUUCCACCUGCGUCUCUCCUUCAGCGUUGGAUCCUUCUUGCUCUUCCUUUCGAGACCGACGCCUCUUUGUAGCGACACUUGCAGCCAUUUUACGCAGGACGAGUCCAAUCAUGUCGUGAGGGAAAAAGCUCGCCGCUCACCUGCGCCAACAACCGGUGGUCGAGCAGGGAGGUCCGCGGCCGACAUGGUGAAGCGGAAGAGCGUGGACGACAACGAGCCCGAGUGCGGGAAAGGAAUUCCGUUCCCCAUCCAGACCUUCCUGUGGCGGCAGACCAGUGCAUUUCUGCGCCCGAAGCUGGGGAAACAAUAUGAAGCAUCAUGCGUGUCCUUUGAGCGAGUGCUGGUGGAGAAUAAGCUGCACGGCUUGUCGCCCGCCCUGUCGGAAGCCAUCCAGAGCAUCUCUCGCUGGGAGCUGGUCCAGGCUGCCUUGCCUCACGUCCUCCACUGCACCUCCAUCUUGCUCUCCAACAGGAACAGACUGGGUCAUCAAGACAAGCUGGGCGUGGCCGAGACCAAGCUGCUCCACACGCUGCACUGGAUGCUGUUGGAUGCCGCCCAGGAGUGCAACCACGAGCCCAGCUUGGGCCACGGCUGGUCGGCUGGCAGCAGUGGCGGCGCCGCCUUCCCUCAGCCCGUCGGAAACCAGGGCUCCUCUCCAGUCGCGCCCGGCUCCCGCUCCAGCUCCGCCUUAGGUGGGUCAGGCCCGCAGCACAGCGGUUCUCUCCUGGAAGAGGAUGAGCACGCUUGCACCAAGUUGUUCUACAAGAGCAUGGCCACCGUGGAGCUCUUUGUGUUCCUCUUCGCUCCACUCAUCCACCGGAUCAAGGAGUCAGACUUGACUUUCCGCCUGGCCAGUGGGCUCAUUAUUUGGCAACCAAUGUGGGAGCACCGCCAGCCUGAUAUCCCCGCCUUCACGGCCCUCAUCAAACCGGUCCGAAACAUCGUAACGGCAAAGAGGAACUCUCCAGUGAUCAACCAAUGCAGCCCCUGUGGGACUGGAAACCCUGGUCCCUUGGGCUUUCAGGUGGUCUGCGAGGCCGGCCAGUCCGAUUCCUCCUCCUCCCCUGCCACAGGCGAGCACAGCUGUCGCCGUGGUAACUCGGUAGAGAAAGGCGGACCUUCCCAGCAACCCCCAGCGAUCAAAGGCCCAUCCAAAAAAAAGACAUCAGCUCCGGCUGCUGUGCCAGCAUCCCUGUCUCAGCGAGCUCGUUACGCCACCUAUUUUGAUGUUGCGGUGCUGCGUUGCCUUCUGCAGCCCCACUGGACAGAGGAGGGGGUGCACUGGGCCUUGAUGUAUUACCGCCAACGCCUGAGACAGAUUCUGGAAGAAAGGCCCGAACGGGCCCCUGAACCACUGGUUGCUCCUCUGUCGCGGCCACGCAGCAGUUCCAUGGUGGCUGCCACCCCUUCCCUGGUCAACACCCAUAAAACCCAGGACAUGAGUUUGAAAUGCAACGAGGAGGGAAAAUCUCUGAGCACUGAGACGUUCACUAAGGUUUCACUUACCAGCCUUCGUCGCCAAGCAGUGCCAGACCUUUCGUCUGACCUUGGCAUGAACAUCUUCAAGAAGUUCAAGAAUAGGCGUGAGGAUCGGGAGAGAAAGGGAUCCAUCCCCUUCCAUCACACAGGGAAGAAACGCCAGCGUCGUAUGGGUGUCCCUUUCUUGCUCCAUGAUGACCACCUCGAUGUCUCACCCACCCGCAGUGCAUUCUCCUUUGGGAGCUUCUCCGGCCUGGGAGAUGAUCGACGUGCACUGGACCGUGGGGGAUGGCAGGCCACAAUUAUGGGUAAAUUCACACGUCGGGGAAGCACAGACACAGCCGCAGAUGCCGACAGUCUGAGCACCAAGCAUUCGCAUUCCCACCACUCACUACUCAGAGACAUGCCCGACCACUCCAACAGCCACAGUGACAACACUGUUAGAGAGGUUCGAUCCCAGAUCUCCACCAUCACCAUGGCUGCAUUCAACACAACCGUGGCGUCUUUUAACGUAGGCUACGCUGACUUCUUCACUGAGCAUAUGAAGAGGCUUUGCAACCCUGUGAUCGUCCCAGAGAUGCCCGUGGAGCCUCUGGCCUGUGCUAACCUUCCUCGCAGCCUGACCGACUCCUGCAUCAACUACUCCUGCCAGGAGGAAGGCGAGAACAUAGAAGGCACAAAUAACUUUGUGCUGAAGAACGGCAUGUUGGACCUCACAGCUGUGCUGCGCGCCCUCUAUGCCGUUCUCAGCCACGACAUCAGCUCCAGAAUCUGUGACGUGGCACUCAACAUCAUAGACUGCCUACUGCAGCUGGGCAUGGUGCCUGGGAUAGGCAAAAAGCUGUCCAAGCCCGACAACAAGGAGAACGAAGAGACACGGACCAAGGAUACUGUCGGACAGGGCCUCGGAGGAGGAGGCGGGGGAGAUGGCGGCGGCGGAGGAGGAGGUGGAGGCGGAAGCGGCGGAGGAAGUGGGCAAGGCAGUAAGGAUGACGUGAAGAAUAACAAGGACAACGACAAAAAGGAAGAAAACUCCUGUCUCAGCACCCACCGGCUGGCCCUCACCAUGCUCAUCAAGAUAGUGAAGUCUCUGGGCUGCGCGUACGGAUGUGGCGAGGGACACCGUGGUCUAUCGGGAGAUCGUCUCAGGAUGCAGGCCCAAAACUGUCUGACCAGCCUCUACAAGCUAGACAAGCUGCAGUUUCGCCAGACAAUGCGUGACUACGUCAACAAAGACUCGCUGAAUAACAUUGUGGACUUUCUUCACGCUCUACUGGGCUUUUGCAUGGAGCCCAUCACCGACAAGUACGGCAGUGCAGGUGAGAGGUCCAGGAGGGCGAAAAAACGAAACAUCGACAAAGCGGGCUUCGGGAACAAUUUCACCACGGGGGACAAUAAGUCGGUGGCACAGAACAUGGAGGCGGUUGUGGUGGGCUGCAUGUUCAAGUCGCUGAUCACCCGCUGCGCCUCCACCACACAUGAGCUUCACAGCCCUGAAAACCUGGGCCUCUAUUGUGACAUCCGCCAGCUCGUGCAGUUCAUCAAGGAGGCACAUGGAAAUGUUUUUCGCCGAGUGGCUCUGAGCGCACUCCUGGACAGUGCAGAGAAGGUCACGGCCACUAAGAAACCUGAGGAGAAGGAUGAGACCAAACUGCAAGCUCCAAGAAGGUCAGAGGCGGGUGUGUCCGGGGAGAAGGGUCAGGUGUCCAGUGCUGCAGAUGAGUGUCGCAGCUGCAUCUCUAGCAGACCCCCCCACACCCCCGAACACGAGGAUCAGAUCCCGGGAGCUCUGCUCGGCAGGAAAGACUUUUGGAGGAAGAUGUUUAAGUCGCAGAGCGCUGCCAGCGACACCAGUAGCCAGUCUGAACAGGACACUUCAGACUGCACCACUGCCCACUCUGGCACCACCACGGAUCGGCGUUCCCGAUCAAGAUCCAGACGUAUUUCACUUCGCAAGAAACUUAAACUACCCAUAGCAUGCCGCAGGACCACUCACCUACCACUCACCCUCUCUGUCUUACGCAAUUGGCUGAAACGUUCCUCUCUUUCCGGACUUACUGACGGUGUGGAGGACCUUUUGGACAUCAGCUCAGUUGAUCGACUGUCCUUCAUAAGACAGAGUUCAAAGGUGAAGUUUACCAGCGCCGUCAAGCUAUCAGAAGGGGUCGCUGCGGGGCCGGAAUACGGCAGGGACGAGGAAGAGAAUUUCUUCAAGCGGCUCGGUAAAUGGAGGUCUGGCAGGAGGAAUCCAUCCAAGCUUCACCACACAGAAGAGAAAGAUGGACCCCACGGUUUCCAGGAGCGCCUCGCGGCCAGCCAGGAGGCGAUGAAAAACAAAAAUGUGGUGAACUUGGGUGCAAUCCGGCAGGGCAUGAAACGCUUCCAGUUUCUGCUCAACUGCUGUGAGCCCGGGACCAUACCCGACGCCUCCAUCCUCGCCGCUGCUUUGGACUUGGAAGCACCCAUUGUUGCUCGAGCCUCCCUGUUUCUUGAAUGCGCCCGAUUUGUCCACCGCUGUAACCGUGGCAACUGGCCGGAGUGGAUGAAGGGCCACCAUGUCAACAUCACCAAAAGAGGGCUGUCCAGGGGCCGGUCCCCUAUAGUAGGCAAUAAAAGGAAUCAGAAGCUCCAGUGGAAUGCAGCAAAACAUUUUUGCCAGUGGGGAGAUGCGAUCGGUACACGGCUAAGUGAACUGUGCCACUACGACAGCGAGAGUCCAGCCAACAUUCUUGGGUACAUCUACGAUGAGGAGACUAAACGAAGAAUGAGAAAGGAGGAUGAAGAAGAGGACUACUUAGAUGACAACACAGUCAACCCGACAAAAUGCGGCUGCCCAUUUGCUCUGAAGAUGGCCGCUUGCCAGCUGCUGUUGGAAAUAACUACUUUUCUGAGAGAAACCUUUCCUUGCUUGCCUCGGCCACGCACGGAACCACUUGUGGAUUUAGACAGCUGCCGCCUGCGUCUGGACCCUGAGCUCGGUCGUCAUCGCUAUGAGCGGAAGAUCAGCUUUGCGGGUAUCUUGGAUGAUGAGGACGGCCAUGACUCGCUAAACAGCAGCAGCCACACUCUGAAGUCAGACACCACAUGUGAUGACAAAAAGACCCAGGAGGGUGCCGUGCCCAUACGGAAGAUUCGUAUUGGAGGCUCACGGCUGCUGCAAAUCAAAGGAGCCCGCAGCUUCCGUGUAAAAAAGGGUGGCUCUUUGUCUUCCAUUCGAAGGGCGGGAAGCCUGAAGAGCACCAAGAUGUCCCGACAGGAUUCAGAGUCAGAAAACGAGGAGGGGAUACUUUCACAAACAAACAGCAGGGAUACUGUCACAGAUAUUGGUAGCCCUGGCAGUACCAGCGAACCCAGUAUUGAGCCCGAGGGCCAAAGCGGAAGUGGCACAGAAGACAACUACCAUCGCAACAUGUCAUGGCUCCACAUCAUGAUCCUGCUGUGCAACCAGCAGAGCUUCAUCUGCACCCACAUUGACUUCUGCCACCCGCGCUGCUACCAGCACCACAGCCGCUCCUGCGCCCGAUUGGUCCGCGCCAUCAAGCUCGUGUACGGAGAAACAGUCGACAGCCUAAGAGAGGACAGCGCCGCUACCACCGGCAUAAUAAGCGCACGCGCACAGAAAAACAAAGAAUGUUCUGACAAGUCAUGCCUGAGGACUCCAUCCAUGAAGAGGAGGCCCACUGACACCAACAUUGAAGGGAAGAAAGACACUGGGAUGUUGAAGUACAUCAGAAACCAGGUGAUGAGCUUGUCACCUGCUCCCCUCUCUCUGCUCAUCAAAGCUGCUCCCAUCCUUACUGAUGACAUGUACGGAGACGUCCAGCCUGCAGCCUGGGAGCUGCUACUCAGCAUGGAUGAACACAUGGCGGCUGCUGCUGCGGCAAUGUUCCUCCUGUGUGCGGUAAAGGUCCCUGACACUGUGACCGAGAUGAUGAUGGCAGAGUUCCAGCACCAUGAGGCCUGCCAGCGCAUCAAUUCUAUCUUCAAGUUUUACACGCUGUGGCGAUUCCGCUACCAGGUGUGGCCCCGCAUGGAGGAGGGAGCCCAGCAGAUCUUUAAAAUUCCCCCGCCUAGCAUAAACUUUACCCUUCCAUCUCCCAUUCUGGGCAUGCCCUGCGUCCCUAUUUUUGAUCCCCCAUGGGUUCCCCAGAACACCGGGAGUGUCCAGGACCCAAUCAACGAAGACCAGUCCUUUCCUGCAUUAAUUCAGUCAGUCCAUGCCAUAAAAUCCUUCUCGGCGCGAGCUGUGUCGCGUUCUCACCAGCGAGCUGAACACAUCCUAAAGAACCUGCAGCAGGAGGAGGAAAAGCGUCGUCUGGGCCGCGAGGCCAGCAUCGUCACGGCCAUCCCUGUGGCCCAGGAGGCGUGCUAUGAGCCCACUUGCAGCCCUCCACCUGAGCAAGAGGAGGAAGCAGAAGAAGUGGUGAACCUGGCAUCCCGCCGUCUGUCUGUCAGUCCCUCCUGCGCCUCGAGUAACUCCCACAGGAACUACUCUUUCCGCCGAGGCUCUGUGUGGUCUGUACGUUCUUUGGCGAGUGCUGAAGAUGAAGAGAACACAACAGAACACACACCCACGCACCACAUGCUGCAACCGCCACAAGCUGUCUUCCCAGCAUGCAUCUGUGCUGCCGUGCUCCCAAUAGUGCAUCUCAUGGAGGAUGGAGAGGUUCGAGAAGACGGCGUAGCAGUGAGUGCUGUUGCUCAGCAAAUCUUGUGGAACUGCCUGAUCGAGGAUCCCGCCCUUGUCCUCCGCCACUUCUUGGAGAAACUCACCGUGAGCAAUCGGCAGGAUGAGUUGAUGUACAUGUUAAGGAAGCUGCUGCUUAACAUCGGAGACCUCCCAGCACAGACCUCCCACAUACUCUUCAACUAUCUAGUGGGCCUGAUCAUGUAUUUUGUGCGGACACCCUGCGAGUGGGGGAUGGACGCCAUCUCAGCCACGCUCACCUUUCUGUGGGAGGUGGUGGGCUAUGUGGAGGGGCUCUUCUUUAAGGACCUCAAGCAGACCAUGAAGAAAGAGCAGUGCGAGGUCAAGCUGCUGGUCACGGCGUCUAUGCCAGGAACCAAGACACUAGUGGUGCAUGGCCAGAACGAGUGUGACAUCCCAACACAGUUGCCUGUCCAUGAAGACACUCAGUUUGAAGCCCUGCUGAAGGAAUGUCUGGAAUUCUUCAACAUUCCAGAGGCUAGAUCUGCGCAUUACUUCCUAAUGGACAAACGGUGGAACCUCAUUCAUUAUUCCAAGACAUAUGUAAGGGACAUCUACCCGUUUAGGAGGUCAGUCUCUCCUCAGCUCAACCUUGUCCACAUGAUGCCAGAAAAAGGACAGGAGCUGAUCCAGAAACAGGUCUUCUCCCGCAAACUGGAGGAGGUCGGCCGUGUGCUCUUCCUCAUCUCCCUCACGCAGCACAUGCCCGCCGUGCACAGGCAGUCCCACGUCUCACUGCUCCAGGAAGACCUGCUCCGCCUGCCGUCCUUCCCGAGGACGGCUAUUGAUGCGGAGUUCUCGCUGUUCAACGAGCCGCAGGGUAAGGAGCUGUUUGGGUUAGACACUCUCCACAAGGUACUGUGGAUCAAGCUCCUUGAGGAGAUGUUCCUGGGCAUGCCCAGCGAGUACCCAUGGGGUGACGAGAUGAUGCUGUACCUCAACGUCUUCAACGGGGCGCUGCUGCUACACCCGGAGGACAGCGCCCUUCUCCGGCAGCACACUGCGACCGCCAUCAACACAGCCGUGCACUUCAACCACCUUUUUUCACUGAGCGGCUAUCAAUGGAUCCUGCCGACCAUGCUGCAGGUUUAUGCAGACUACGAGGGCAACCCUUUACUCAGACAAGGCAUCGAGUUCUGCUGUCGACAGUUCUACAUCCUCCACCGCAAGCCCUUCAUUCUGCAGCUGUUCGCCAGUGUGGCGCCUCUGCUCGAAUUUACUACCAGCACCAGUAGCGGCCUUUCAAAGGGAGUGUCAGCCCAAUGUCUGUUCGACCUGCUGGUCUCUCUGGAGGGUGAGACACAGGAUGCCUUGGACGCACUCGAGCUGGUCAAGGCUGAGAAACCACUUCGCUCUUUAGAUUUCUGUUAUGGCAAUGAGGACUUGGCCUUUUCUAUCAGUGAAGCCAUAAAGCUGUGUGUCACCGUGGCAGCCUACGCACCCGAAUCCUUCAGAAGUUUCCAGAUGCUUAUGGUGCUGGAGGCCUUGGUCCCGUGUUUCCUCCAAAAGCUAAAGAGCAACACGGUGACAAUGGAGUCAGCGUCAGCUGCCCGAGACGAAAUCGCAGCCAUUGCUGCACUGGCUACAUCCCUGCAGGCUUUGCUCUACAGCUCAGAAACCCUUACAAGACCCAUGACGGCGCCGCAGAUAUCUCGCUGUGAUCAGGGCCAUAAAGGAGGUACCACUGCCAACCAUGCCAUGUCAGGAGGCGUCAACACAAGGGACAACAUCCACUUGCUGGAGGAGGGCCAGGGCAUGCCGAGGGAGGAGCUGGACGAGCGCAUGGCCAGAGAGGAGUUCCGCCGGCCGCGAGAGUCCUUGCUGAACAUAUGUACCGAAUUCUACAAACACUGCGGGCCACGUCUGAAGAUCUUGCAGAAUGUAGCCGGUGAGCCGCGGGUGACGGCGCUGGAGCUGCUUGACAUCAAGUCCCACAUGAGACUCGCGGAGAUCGCCCACGCGUUACUAAAGCUGGCACCCUACGACACCCUGACCAUGGAGAGCCGAGGCCUGCGCCGCUACAUCAUGGAGAUGCUGCCUAUCACCGACUGGUCCUCUGAGGCCGUACGCCCCGCUCUCAUCCUCAUCCUAAAGAGGCUGGACCGCAUGUUCAACAAGAUCCACAAGAUGCCCACGCUCAGGUGCGCUCGCCCUCAGGCACUAUGCACCAGGAGACAGGUAGAGUGGGAGGCGGCCAGCAACCUGAUUGAGGGCAUCUGUCUGACUCUGCAGCGGCAGCCGAUCAUCUCCUUCCUUCCUCACCUCCGAUCGCUCAUUAACGUUUGCGUCAACCUGGUGAUGGGCGUGGUCGGCCCUUCCAGUGUUGCAGAUGGCUUACCUCUGCUCCACCUCAGCCCUUACCUCUCCCCACCACUUCCCUUCAGUACAGCUGUGGUCCGGUUGGUCGCCUUGCAAAUCCAGGCCUUGAAGGAAGAUUUCCCCCUCAGUCAUGUGAUCUCACCGUUCACCAAUCAGGAAAGGCGAGAGGGGAUGCUGCUAAACUUGCUCAUUCCGUUUGUGCUUACUGUUGGGUCUGGAAGCAAAGACAGCCCCCACCUUGAGCCGCCGGAGAUCUUCCUGCUGCUACAGACGGUCAUCAACAUCCUCCUUCCGCCACGCAUCAUCUCCACAUCCCGCACCAAGAACUUCAUGCUGGAUGCUUCACCGGCUCACUGCUCCACCCCUGGUGAUACCAGCAAGGACUUGCGCAGAGAAGGCUUGGCGGAGUCCACCAGCCAGGCGGCGUAUCUUGCUCUAAAGGUGGUGCUGGUGUGCUUCGAGCGCUCUCUGGGGAACCAAUGGUAUCGUCUGAGUCUGCAGGUGAAAGAGAUGGCUCUGAGGAAGGUGGGGGGCCUGGCUUUCUGGGACUUCAUCGACUUCAUUGUGCGCACCCGCAUCCCCAUCUUUGUCUUGCUGAGGCCCUUCAUUCAGUGCAAGCUGUUGACGCAGCCAGCUGACUCCCAGGAGGAGAUCACAGCACGCCACCACAUCGCCGACCAGCUCGAGCGACGCUUCAUCCCUCGACCUCUCUGCAAGAGCUCUUUGUUCGCCGAGUUCAACAAUGAGCUCAAGAUCCUCAAAGAGGCGGUCCACAGCGGCUCUGCUUACCAGGGCAAGACGUCCAUCAGCACGGUGGGCACCUCCACGUCGGCCUACCGCCUCAGUCUGGCCACCAUGUCGCGCUCUAACACGGGCACCGGCACAGUUUGGGAGCAGGACAGCCAGCCGUCCCGCCAGCCGUCACAGGACACCCUCAGCCGCACCGAUGACGACGACGAAGAGAACGACUCCAUCAGUAUUCCCAGUGUGGUGAGCGAGCACGAGGCCUUCCUGCCCAGGGUGAUAACCGAGCGCCGCUUCUCCAGCCAUGCCACCGGCUCGGCCGCUCAGCCGCCCGAAGCCCCCCGCGCCACCAUGCUGCCCAGCCACAGUGAACCCAAUGUGCUAGAUGAGUCCCAAGGCCUUCUGCAGGAGAGUAACCUCUCUAGGGUGGCCAGUGUGCAGAGUGAACCCGGGCAGCAGAACCUACUCAUCCAACCCCCGCUGGGGAGGAAGCGGGGCCUCCGACAGCUGCGGCGCCCCCUCUUGUCCAUCCCAAAGAACGAACCUCGUAGUCGUUCAGGAGCACGACUCUCCACCACGCGCAGGAGCAUCCAACCCAAGAACAAACCACUGGAAACUUUAUUGGACUGUGAAGCAGCGCAAGGCGACCAGAAGAGGUCGGUCACCUUUACAGAGACGCAAGGCCAGCAAGCGUCUGCGGGAGCCGGCAAGCUUUUGACCCCCGCAGAAGCUCCGAUGGAGGCCCUAAAGGGCAGUCCCGUCCCGGUCAAGCUGCCCACCCUGGAAGUGCCGUCAUCAGCCGGCGUCACCGCCGACCUGCACAGCCCCGCUAAAACACAGGCACUCCCUGCUAAGAGUAUCAAGGAGAAGCGAGAGCAGUGGGGUCUCCGCAGCAGCCUGUCCCCGCCCCCGUCCCUCUCACGCACCUCCACCCCGACGCCGCCGUCUCGCACCUGCUCCCCGCUGCGCCUCUCGCGAGCCUGCUCGCCUCUGUCCCGCACUUCCUCGCCUCUUCCUCUGCCGGUGCUGGGCACGCUGCCGACCUCGGCCCCGCUCCUCCCUUUGCCGCCGCCCAGGAUCCGAGAGAGCCCCGGCGACGCCGACACCACCACGCUGCUGCCACGCGGCGACACGCUGCUGCAGCUCAGCGAGGACGACGGCACGGAGAACCCGCUCCUCACCCCGCUCCUGUCCGCUCCCUCGCCGCAGCGCUCACCUCGCCGACUGCCCUUCCCCCUCUCCCCGGUUGACCUGGACUUGGAUGAGUCUCACGUGUAAUCUCUUUAAUGUACAGAAAUAUAUACAGUAUAGAGCUGAAUGUAUAUUUUAGCAGGGAUUGAAUAUAGACAAAUAUUUAUGAGAGUAAAUGCUAAUACACAGAAGAUGCUGUAAUAUGCAAUUAUUCCCAGGCCAUGACCGUAAUACAUGAUUUUGUGUGUGGAUACCUAGUUACCUUAGUUGUGUCGCAAUGCAGUAAAUCGAUUACCUCGUCGCUCAUUCCAUGCCUUACAAAGACGUUUUGUUCUAAUUUAUUGACACGCUAUAAAUGCCAUAUAUGGUUUUAGAUCAGUGGUUCUUAACCUGGGUUCGAUGGAACCCUAGAGGUUCGGUGAGUCGGCCUCAGGGGUUCGGCGGAGGUUAAAACACACCCGACUCAUCGUGAAAAUAUGGCGUAUUACGGAUACGGCAACAGCAGAAGUCAGACUGAUUUGCAGGUGUGUAAUUUGUUGUGAGUUUGUUGGUUUUGUUCUUUGAACAAGGUGAUGUUCAUGCACGGUUCAUUUUGUGCAUCAGUAAAAAACCAUGGUAACACUUUAGUAUGGGGAACAUAUUCACCAUUAAUUAGUUGCUUAAUAACAUGCAAAUUAGUAACAUAUUGGCUCUUAACUAGUCAUUAUUAAGUACUUAUUAAUGCCUUAUUCGGCAUGGCCUUAUUAUAACCCUAACCCUAACCAAAUAACUGUAAAUUAAGUCUAAAUUACUUAGAAUAUGUUCCCCUAGUGUCCAAAUAACUCUAAAUGAAGUCUUAAUUACUUAGAAUAUGUUCCCCUAGUGUCCAAAUAACUCUAAAUUAAGUCUUUGUUACUUAGAAUAUGUUCCCCUAGUGUCCAAAAAACAUAAAAUUAAGUCUUUGUUACUUAGAAUAUGUUCCCCUAGUGUCCAAAAAACAUAAAAUUAAGUCUUUAUUACUUAGAAUAUGUUCCCCUAGUGUCCAAAUAACUCUAAAUUAAGUCUUAAUUACAUAGAAUAUGUUCCCCUAGUGUCCAAAUAACUCUAAAUUAAGUCUUUAUUACUUAGAAUAUGUUCCCCUAGUGUCCAAAUAACUCUAAAUUAAGUCUUUAUUACUUAGAAUAUGUUCCCCUAGUGUCCAAAUAACUCUAAAUUAAGUCUUUGUUACUUAGAAUAUGUUCCCCUAGUGUCCAAAUAACGCUAAAUUAAGUCUUAAUUACUUAGAAUAUGUUCCCCUAGUGUCCAAAUAACGCUAAAUUAAGUCUUAAUUACUUAGAAUAUGUUCCCCUAGUGUCCAAAUAACUCUAAAUUAAGUCUUUAUUACUUAGAAUAUGUUCCCCUAGUGUCCAAAUAACGCUAAAUUAAGUCUCAAUUACUUAGAAUAUGUUCCCCUAGUGUCCAAAUAACUCUAAAUUAAGUCUUUAUUACUUAGAAUAUGUUCCCCUAGUGUCCAAAUAACUCUAAAUUAAGAAUUACUUAGAAUAUGUUCCCCUAGUGUCCAAAUAACUCUAAAUUAAGUCUUUAUUACUUAGAAUAUGUUCCCCUAGUGUCCAAAUAACUCUAAAUUAAGUCUUUGUUACUUAGAAUAUGUUCCCCUAGUGUCCAAAUAACUCUAAAUUAAGUCUUUAUUACUUAGAAUAUGUUCCCCUAGUGUCCAAAUAACUCUAAAUUAAGUCUUUGUUACUUAGAAUAUGUUCCCCUAGUGUCCAAAUAACGCUAAAUUAAGUCUUAAUUACUUAGAAUAUGUUCCCCUAGUGUCCAAAUAACUCUAAAUUAAGUCUUUGUUACUUAGAAUAUGUUCCCCUAGUGUCCAAAUAACGCUAAAUUAAGUCUUAAUUACUUAGAAUAUGUUCCCCUAGUGUCCAAAUAACGCUAAAUUAAGUCUUAAUUACUUAGAAUAUGUUCCCCUAGUGUCCAAAUAACUCUAAAUUAAGUCUUUAUUACUUAGAAUAUGUUCCCCUAGUGUCCAAAUAACGCUAAAUUAAGUCUCAAUUACUUAGAAUAUGUUCCCCUAGUGUCCAAAUAACUCUAAAUUAAGUCUUUAUUACUUAGAAUAUGUUCCCCUAGUGUCCAAAUAACUCUAAAUUAAGAAUUACUUAGAAUAUGUUCCCCUAGUGUCCAAAUAACGCUAAAUGAAGUCUUAAUUACUUAGAAUAUAAUCCCCUAGUGUCCAAAUAACUCUAAAUUAAGUCUUUAUUACUUAGAAUAUGUUCCCCUAGUGUCCAAAUAACUGUAAAUUAAGUCUUUAUUACUUAGAAUAUGUUCCCCAUAUUAAAGUGUUACCAAAAACAUAUAACUGUCUUGAAUUUGAAAAAAAUAAACAUUUUAUUUUUCACAAAAGAAGGGUUGGGUGAAUGCGCAUAUGAAACUGGUGGGGUUCGGUACCUCCAACAAGGUUAAGAACCACUGUUUUAGAUUGUUUACGUUUGUCUUUGACUUGUCCAGGGUGUACCCCGCCUACCGCCCGAAUGCAGCUGAAGUAGGCUCCAACACAUCCCGCGACCCCAAAAGGGACAAGCGGUAGAAAAUGGACGUUUGUCUUUGGUGAAAUACUGUAAGAAAAGAUGAGGAGGUGCCAUAUAAGCAGCCGACACACUGUGAGUGUUUGUCCACGUUCCAUUCCUCUCUGUAACGCCAAAACGAGUACUAAUGCAUUCCUGUCCUGCUUGCUUUAAGGCGAUAUUUGUACGUUAAAUGUGACGCUUCUCAGACAUAAAGGAGAUGA